GAGCGAUAUAGACAGAGACAAAAAUAAGAAAAUGUCCGAAAUAACAGGGCAUUACGCUUUUCAAUCAGCCAAUGCGUCCCAUUUACCAUGCCUUUCUAGAAUCGAAAAGGCCGCAUCUUACUCUGCCGAGCACAAGAGUGCCGUCGGGCUUAGAUCUGUGGGGUCACUGAAACCUGGCCCCCAUGGCGAAAUCCCACUUACAGCUCGCCUUGCAAACGCGUCAAACAUGACUGCAUUAAAAAUGUCAACAGAAAAUAGGCCAAGCUUAUCGUAGGCGAAGCAAGGCACGCAUACCAAAACUCCAUUUUGUUGCCUAGUCGUGGUGGCGAUGUCAAAAUCCCGUCAAACCCGGUGGUCAUGGGGAUUGAACUCCGGGAGACGAUAUGUCAUCUCCGCCGUUGCGCAGGGGCUUAGAUCCGGCCUCCGGGCAUUGAUGUGAACGUACAAACAUCCCGAAAAAAAAAGGCUUUAUAUCUCGAGUGUAUAAAAGCAACGCAUAAAUAUUUACCAAUAGGAAAUGUCGAUUAAAAGUUUCAGGCUUCAGAUAUUUCCCCCCAUGCAGGUAUUUACUGCCGUGUGUUUCUUAUUUCCUUUGACAGAUAACCAAGCCAAGAAAAAAAGAAAAGAAAAACAAAAAAAAAAGAUGGGAGAAUCAAAGGGGGACGAGCCCGGACCUAGUGGGCAACCACAAAGAAAAAGGGCAACACAUAAACGGAGUCGGACUGGCUGCUCGACAUGCAAGAAACGGCAUAUCCGCUGUGAUGAAUCGAAGCCAAUAUGCACAAAAUGUCUAGUCAAAGGGACCGACUGUCACUACAACGAUGACAGCUAUCCAACGACGCCCUCACCUGUUUCUGGGUCAUCAACGCCAUACAUGCCGGCUGGUCCACUACUGCUCCCACCACAACCCUUUGCUUGGCAGUCACCACCAUUACUACCACCACCAGUGCAGCCAGACUGGGCGGGACACGCUGGCAUCGACCUCCCGUUCAACUCCCACGAGAUCCUGCAACACUCCAACCGCUACCGGCAAGCCAUCGCCGACAUGAUCCCCACCCCCCUCCGCAGGGCUGCCACACCCGCGCCCGGGAGAGGGCCGCUGCACAUGCACACCAUGAUGCUCUGGGCGUGCAUGCACCUGUACCUCCAGCAGGGCUGCUCCGUGGGCCCGGCGCUCGAGCAGGCGUGCUUGUACCACAAGGUCGAGAUGAUGCAGGCCCUCAAGCCGCAGCAGCAUCAGCAUCAUCAUCAUCAUCAUCAUCACGUUGCCUCCACCGCGGACGAGGACGACGAUGGCAACGACAUCUACGCGGGCGCCAUCUUGUGCCUGGCAGUCGUCGAGGCCGCCAUGGAUAACCCGGAAGCUGCCGCCACCCACCUGCGUGGCCUUUUUGCUGUCGUCGAUGCGAGGUCGGCUGUGGUGGGAGGGGCUGGAUCCCAGUGCUCAUCUCAGAUGCUACCGCACCUGGCUUUAAUUAUACUAUCCCUUUUGUCCAAAGCCCGAACCGCCAGCGCCCAGCAGAGCAGCAGCCCCCCUUUCCCCAACCCCGAAACCCCUCUCUUCCAACCGCAGCCCGACGACCCGACCCGCCUGCAGCCACGCUACUUCACAGCCGAGAGAGCCGCCGUGGACACGGACUCCUCUUCUUCCAUCCGACCAAAGGGCUACGCCACAGUCGCGCACCUCCUCAUCCACGCCAUGGCGGGACGCACCCGCGGCGCCUCUUCCUCCUUGGAAAACCUGCAAAUCCUUCGCUGGCUGCUCCAUUCCCCCGGGCAAAACCACCACGACGGCGACGGCAACCCCCAGCUUUGGCUCUGGAAGACAGUCCUGUCGGCCUACGUCCUCGUGACCCCGGACCUAGCCCUUCCCGCGACGGCUCCCAUCCGUGCAUGGCUGGGACACUAUGUGGAGCAGUGGAAGAGUUCUGGUUCGACACAGGUGCCGGAUUCCAUAGCAGACGCCGUCCUCGCCCGCCUCGCGUCGCUGUUGGAAGAGGCCGGGCCUGGUAGCGGGAGGAGCUGCCUACGGGCGCUGUGCUACGAAGCCGAGGGGCAUAGCAGAGGCGGGUAGAAGAUGUAUAGAACCCGAUCCAAAUCUAGAGGGUUGCCGGUGGUCGUCAUGAUACCCCCUGGUGGGGUUGAUAAUAAGUCAGGGCGGCCCGGAGAAGCUCCUUCCAAGACUCCCAACAAAACACCUUUGUAAUUUGUAUAAGUACCCCACACCUUUAUCAUAGAACGCAUCAACGCGAAAGAAUAAAAAGAGUCCAAUAGAAAAUUAUAAACAACCAACAGGUCAUCAG